UCCUUUCGUCUAAAACACGGUCACUGGAAUUUAACAUGGCGGAACAACCGGCUCACAAACGACAUGAUUUAUAUACCUCGGCGGACCUCGAAAGAGUGACAGAUUAUGCUGAAGAAACAGAAGUACAGGGAGAUAUAGAAUCUGCAUUAAACUUAGUAGAAGGAAGACACUUAAAAGAGAAAGCUGAUCAAGCUCUAAGAGAAAAAGAAUUAGCAAGAGUUGUUAUUAAAAAGGAAGAUGUUGACCUUAUAGUUGAGGAAAUGGAAAUCCCUAGAACUGCUGCAGAACGUACUCUAAGAGAACACAAAGGAGAUGUUGUUCAGGCCCUGGUCUAUUUAACAAACUAAGCCAUUCAUUGUAUUUAUAGAAAUCACCAAUAAUAAUAAAUAUGACUUUGAUAAGUG